AUGGAGAGGCGAAAAAGGAGAACUGCGACAGAGAAUGGUGAUGCUGGACAGGGAGAGGACUUGGUUCUAGCGACUUUGAUCGGAAAUGGAGAAGAUCUUGGUCCUCUUGUCAGGCACGCCUUUGAAAUGGGGCGUCCUGAGGGUCUUCUUCACCAAUUGAAACAUGUAGUGAAGAAGAAGGAGGCUGAAAUAGAGGAGAUGUGUAAGACACACUAUGAGGACUUCAUUAUUGCAGUGGAUGAGCUCAGAGGCGUGUUGGUUGAUGCUGAAGAACUCAAGAGUGAGCUUCAGAGUGAUAAUUUCAAGUUACAGCAGGUUGGAAGUAGCAUUCUUGUGAACCUUGAGGACCUUUUUGAAUCUUAUUCCGUCAAGCAGAAUGUGAUUGAAGCUAUAAAGAUGUCAAAGUAUUGUAUUCAGGUGUUGGAACUUUGCGUCAAGUGUAACAAUCACAUAUCUAAUGGCCAGUUUUAUCCUGCACUGAAGACUGUGGAUUUGCUUGAGAAGAAUUAUCUGCAGAAUAUCCCAGCAAAGGCUCUGAAGAAAGUGGUAGAACUGAGGAUUCCUGUGAUAAAAUCUCACGUUGAGAAGAAAGUAUGUAGCCAAGUCAAUGAAUGGUUGGUACAUUUAAGGAGUUCUGCUAAAACUAUUGGACAAACAGUGAUCAGUCAUGCUGCAUCGGUUCGCCAAAAGGAUGAAGAAAUGCUGGAAAGACAAAGGAAGGCUGAGGAGAACUCUGGGUCAGAGGAUCAAAUUUAUAGCUUGGAGGUUGAGGAAGCUGAUGAGGAUUCUGUUGUCAAGUUUGAUCUCACGCCUCUUUAUCGUGCUUGCCAUAUACACGAUUGUCUAGGCCUUAGAGAGCAGUUUCGUGAAUACUACUAUAAGAAUAGGUUGUUGCAAUUGAAUUCAGACCUGGAAAUAUCUUCAGCACAAUCUUUUGUUGAUUCACACCAGGCAUAUUUGGCUCAAAUUGUAGGAUACUUCAUGGUAGAGGACAGAGUCCUAAGAACUGCAGGUGGACUAUUAGUCCCAGAUCAGGUUGAAACAAUGUGGGAGACUGCUUCAGCGAAAAUCACAUCGGUUUUAGAGAAACAGUUCUCAAUUAUGCGUUCUGCUACACAUCUUCUCUUGGUGAAGGAUUAUGUGACACUCCUGGUAUCCACUCUGAGACAGUAUGGAUAUGAAGUUGGUCCUCUUCUUGAGGUUCUUGAUAGCAGCUGUGAGAAAUAUCAUGGGAUUCUUUUGGGAGAAUGUCGAAAGCAAAUUCUUGAUCUCCUUGCCAACGACUCAUAUGAUCAAAUGGUUAUAAAGAAAGUAAGUGACUAUGAGAACAAUGUUCUAUCAUUUAAUCUUCAAACCACAGAUAUCAUGCCGGCUUUUCCCUAUGUUGCUCCUUUCUCCUCCAUGGUACCUGAUACUUGUCGAAUAGUGAGAUCCUACAUUAAAGGCUCUGUUGAUUACUUGUCUUAUGGUAUAAAUGCCAGCUUAUUUGAUGCUGCUAGGAAAUAUUUGGACAGGUUCUUGAUUGAUGUAUUGAAUGAAAUAUUGCUUGAUACUAUUAACAGUGGCAAUAUCAGUGUGUCUCAAGCAAUGCAGAUAGCUGCAAACAUAGCUGCUCUUGAAAGAGCUUGUGAUUUCUUCCUUAGACACGUGGCAUAUCUAUGUGGAAUCCCAGUUCGCAGUUUGAAACCUCAGAUUGCUUUAACUGCAAAAGUGGUGCUCAAGACUUCAAGGGAUGCAGCUUAUCUUGCUCUAUUGAGUUUGGUCAUUUCAAAGAUAGAUGAAUAUAUGGCUCUGAUGGAGAAAAUAAAUUGGACUUCAGAAGAAAUAAAGCAGAAUGGUAAUGACUAUGUGAAUGAAGUGAUAUAUUAUCUUGACUCUCUUAUGUCUACAGCACAACAGAUGCUACCAUUGGAUGCUAUGUACAAAGUUGGGAGUGAAGCACUUGAGCAUAUUUCUAACUCUAUGGUGGCUGCUUUCCUCAGUGAUAGUGUCAAGAGAUUUAAUGAAACUGCUGUAAUAAGCAUCAACAAUGAUGUUAAAAUGUUAGAGGCUUUUGCUGAUGAGAGGUUUCAUGCUUCUGGGUUGAGUGAGAUUUACAAAGAUGGGAGUUUCAAGGGAUGUUUGGUAGAAGCAAGACAACUGUUGAAUCUUUUGUUGAGUAGCCAGCCUGAGAACUUCAUGAAUCCUGUGAUAAGAGAGAGAAACUACUAUGCCUUGGAUCACAAGAGAGUCUCUCUGAUUUGUGACAAGUUUAGGGAUUCUCCUGAUGGGAUAUUCGGAAGCCUUUCGAAUAAAAACACGAAAACAAGCGCGAGAAAGAGAUCCAUGGACACACUCAAGAAGAGACUGAAGGAUUACAAUUGAUUGUAUACUAGACUCGGUGAACAAUUCUUUUAUUUAAAAGUAGAACACAAUGCUUGUAGUGUACUACUUCC